AUGGCUUUCUGGAAAUAUCUGCUUCGUUUAGAUUGCGAUGAGAUCUUGGGCAUUCAUUUCACCUGUUCAAGAGAUGGUCGCCCAUCUGGCGAAACCUAUAUAGAGCUUGGUGGCGCAGAAGACGUGGAAAGGGCAUUGCUGAAACACCGAGAAACUAUGGGCCAACGUUACAUAGAAGUAUUCCAUUCUAAAAGAGCGGAGAUGGAAUAUGUACUGAAAAGAAGCGGAAAGCCGCUGGAAGCGUCCGAAGCAGGCACCGUCGUGCGAAUUCGCGGAUUGCCCUACGGUUGUACUAAGGAGCAAAUAGUCAAUUUUUUCAAAGUUUGGCAGUUAAGAGUAUACUCUAGCGUACGUGUAGGUAUGGAAAUCGCACCGAAUGGGUUAGAAUUUGUAUUCGACGGUAAUGGACGGGCCACAGGGGAAGCUUACGUCCGUUUUGUUGAUAAAGACACCGCGGAAAGAGCGUUGGAUCGUCAUAUGGAGAAAAUUGGUUACAGGUUUCUAUUUUGGGCUGUUAAGUUUUUAAGCGUUGAGUUGUUUUGCGUAACCCUAUAG